CUUUUGCUUGCUUAACAGCCUUAAUCUUUGUAAUUAUGUCGGUGAUUAUGAUAAAUAUGGAAAAUGUUAAUAAUCCAUCUAGUCGGUGAGGAGGUUUCAUCGUGGUCACAAUGGGUUCCACGAUGAUAGUGGUACUGCUUGCCCUAGUGGGGCUGAUCAACGCCCAGCACACUCCAUCCAUGGAGUUCAGGUCCGAGCUGGACUUCACGGAGAUCUACAACAGCAACGUGGACAGUGACACCUCCUACAGACUGACAGACAGCGUGCAACCUAGUGUGGUGAACGUUGACUUCGACGUCUAUUUGUCUGAGGGCUGGUUCGAUGGGAUUGUGACGCAUGAAGUCACGGUUUCAGGAGAUCCCCAUGAGGAAAUCGUGCUCCAUCAAAACGUCGUCGCUAUCACAGCAGUCAACCUCCUGGACAGCAACAACAACGCUGUCGCUUUGAAUAUUGAGAGGCCCUUCGAGAUCGACAAUAUUCACGAACUCUUGAUUAUUAACCCUGCCUCCCCUGUCGUCGCCGGCGAGUACACUAUCGUCAUUAGAUUCCGAGGAAUUAUCAAUGAUAAUCAGUACGAAAGAGGAUUCUACAAGGGCUAUUACUUCCUCAAUGGUGAAAAGCGUGAAUAUGCUACGACGCAGUUCCAGCCCUACUACGCCAGGAAAGCUUUCCCUUGCUUCGACGAGCCUCAGUUCAAAUCAAGAUUCGUCAUCUCUAUCACGCGUGAUGCUACUCUCAGCCCUUCUUAUUCCAAUAUGGCUAUUAAUCAAACCGAGACUGUUUCCGAAGGCCGUAUUAAAGAAACUUUCUUGCCUACACCCACCAUCUCUGUCUACCUGAUUGCAUUCCACGUCAGUGACUUCGUCGAGACUACUGACGGUAGCCAGCCCGAUAGGCCUUUCGGCAUCGUAUCUCGCCCAGGAGUUGAGGCUCAGCAUGAUUAUGCUCAUGAGAUCGGAGUUAAAAUCACCAAUGAGAUGAACGAAUACUUCAAUUAUGAUUACUAUAGCAUGGGCGAAGGAGAACUAAUGAAGAACGAUCACAUUGCUAUACCUGAUUUCCCAGCUGGUGCUAUGGAGAACUGGGGAAUGGUUAACUACAGAGAAGCUUACCUUCUGUACGACCCGGCUCAAACUAACCUCAUCAACAAGAUCUUCAUCUCCACUAUCAUGGCCCAUGAGCUGGCCCACAAGUGGUUCGGAAACCUAGUCACUUGCUUCUGGUGGAGCAACUUGUGGCUCAACGAGUCUUACGCUAGCUUCUUUGAAUACUUCGCUGCUCACGCUGCCGACCCGUCUCUCGAGCUAGCCGACCAGUUCGUCGUCGACUACGUCCACAGUGCUCUGAACUGGGACGCUUUCGCAAGCGCCACUCCCAUGAACUUAAGCACCGUCACGCAUAACGCCUCCAUCAGCGCCCACUUCUCGACCACCAGCUACGCUAAGGGGGCCUCGGUCUUGAGAAUGAUGGAGCACUUUGUAGGACCGACCAUUUUCCGUAAUGCCUUGAGGACUUAUCUCGCCGAUAACGCGUACGGCCUAGGCACACCUGAGGACAUGUACGACGCGUUCAGGUCUGCGGUGGCCGCGGACCCAACCUACGCAGCAACAUACGGAACCCUGGAUGUGGGCGAGGUCUUCGACAGUUGGGUUCAGAACCCUGGCUCUCCCGUUUUGCACGUAGACGUUAACAUGAACAGCGGAGAAAUCACUGUUACUCAGAGCCGUUUCGUCAUUGGAGACGCUGUUUACAAUCACCAAUGGCUAGUCCCUUACACCUGGACCCACAGUGCUGACCCCGAUUUCACCACCACUAAACCAGAGAAGGUCUUGACCACGGCAUCUACCACUGAAAACAUGCCAGCUGGACAUAACUGGGUGGUGUUUAACAUCCAACAGUCUGGAUUAUACCGUGUCAACUACGAUGACCACAACUGGGAGAUGCUUGCUGCGGCACUUCGCAAUAACAAAGACCAAUUCCCCAGACAAAAUAGAGCUCAGUUCGUCAACGAUGUCCUUCACUUCGUGCGCGCUGGUGAAUCGUACAUCAGCAUCUCACGCGCCUUCGACGUUCUCUCCUUCUUGGAGAAUGAAGAUGAUUACCUCGUGUGGGCCGGAGCUCUAGGUCAGCUAGACCUGAUCAGGCGUCGUUUGGAGCAUAUUCCUGCUGCUCAUGAGCAGUUCGAUGAAUACCUCCUUGAGCUGAUGGAGCACGCCAUCGAGUCCCUGGGCUACGAAGAAGCGGCUUCCGACUCCACCACCAGAAUCCUGAACCGCAUGAUGAUCCUGAACUACGUCUGCAACCUUGGCCAUGAGGGCUGCGUUGCAGACAGCUUGGAAAAGUGGAACGCUUUCAAGGCUAACCCCACCAGCAGUCUAGUCCCCGUGAACGCUCGCCGCUACGUCUACUGCGUCGGGCUCAGGCACGGCGACGCUACUGACUACAACUUCCUCUUCAACCUGUACGAGACCUCCGAGAACGCCGCCGACAUGAUCGUCAUCCUCAGAGCUCUCGGCUGCACCAAGGAUGAGGACAGGCUUCAGCACUACUUGCAGCAGUCCUUGACCAACGACAAGAUCCGCUACCACGACAGGACCAAUGCCUUCUCCUACGCUCUUAUAGGAAACAAGGAAAACUUGAACACUGUCAUCACAUUUUUGCAGAAUAAUUUAGCUGCUAUCAGAGAGCAGUAUGGUGGUGUGGCCAGAUUGAAUGCGGCCAUAAACGCACUUGCUACUUACUUGACCGACUUUGAAGAUAUUACUAACUUCCAAGCCUGGGCGUACGAAAACCAAUUGGAACUUGAAGAUUCCUUCGCCAACGCCAAGUGGGUGGUUGAAUCAGCCAUCACCAACAUCCAGUGGGGCAACAGCGUCGUCAGAGAUAUCUACUCUUUCCUUCGGGGGAGAAAUGCGGCCGGCGCCGUCACUGCCCCGACCUUUGUUGCCUUGUUGGAACUUGACUCUAUAGAUCUCACAUCAGACGUAAACAGAAAUGAUGAACAAGUAUACCGGUUACCUGAGAGCGUUAUUCCAUUGGAGUAUGAAAUAUUCAUAGAUCUGUAUUUUGCUGAACGCACGGAUAGACCAUUCAGUUUUGAUGGCAGAGAAAAUAUUAUUAUUCAGGCAGUUGAAGACAACGUUUCCAACAUUGUGUUACAUGCCAACGUUGAGCGAAUAAACGAAAUCAGUGUUUUAAAUUCAAAUGGCGUUCCAGUUUUUUUAAACCCAUCGGAACCCUUUACUAUCCAACCACAAUACCACUUCCUCAUCAUUAACUUAGAUGAGACUCUGGUCAACGGAAGCAGAUAUACUCUCAAUAUUGCGUAUUCAAACACCAUGAAUGAAGGGCCGAUGAAAAGAGGUAUCUGGAGAGGAUACUAUACCGAUGACGAUGGCGUUGAAAGCCUUUCCGAUAACCGGAUUCGUACAAACUUCUUAGAGACCCCUAAAAUGUCGUCGUACCUCGCGACUUUCCUCGUCAGUGAGACUUUCACAGUCAUCGCUGAGGACACCUCCUUCACUCCCUCUAUCAGAAUCAUCGGCAGAUCCAACACCGUCGGCCUUGGUGAUCAUGCCUUGGAUCUGGCUGUCAAGAUGACCACAUUCUUUAAUGACUACUUUGAAAUCCCAGAGUUGUACCUUACCCUGAACUCCAGUGAAUCAAUCAUGAGUAACGAGCACUACGCAGGCACUCUGGUCUCUCAUGAGCUGGCUCACAAGUGGUUUGGAAACCUGAUCACCUGCUUCUGGUGGAGCAACACUUGGAUCAACGAGGGCUUCGCCAGCUAUUUCGGCUAUAUUGCUACUAAUCAGAUGUUCCCAGAAUACGAAUACGAGGACCACUUCAACUCCCGCUAUCUCCAAAACUCCCUCGCUUUCGAUUCCGGGUCCACUGUCGCCCUCAACCACGAGGUCAACACGCCCGCCCAAGUCACUGGCCACUUUGGAACCGUCAGUUACUCCAAAGGCGCUGCUUUUCUCCGAAUGAUCCAUGACAUGAUCACUCCUGAGACCUUUAGGAAGGCUUGUCGUAUCUUCUUGACUAGCAAUUCUUUUGAAGCAACCGACCAGUACGACUUAUAUAGAGCUUUUGAAGAAGCUAUUCAAGAAGACGGUACUUUAAGUGAAUAUCAAGGUUUUAAUUUUGAAGAAUUCUACCGUAUCUGGGUCAAUGAACCUGGUACGCCUAUUCUGUUGGUUGAGAUUAAUCAUGAGACUGGAGCUAUUUCUUUGAAACAAGAGCGAUUCUUUUUAAGUGCCACCGCAACGCCUACUGGUCAAAUUUAUCCGAUUCCUAUAACCUACUCCACCAAGAGUAAUCCAGGAUUUGAAAGUAUUAAGCCCAUUCAAAUGAUGUCAGGCGCGACUUUGGAAUUGAAUAAGGCAGCUGGUGAAGAAUGGGUUAUUUUCAAUAACUUCCAACAUGGACACUACAGAGUAGACUACGAUGAGAAAUCAUGGAGUUUGAUCGCCGAAGCAUUGCUGAAUGAACCUGAAAGCAUUCACUAUUUGAACCGAGCCCAAGUGGUCGAUGACGUCUUUGCUCUGAUGAGGUCAACAAGAAUGACCUACAGUUUCGGUUUCAACAUUCUGAGGUUCCUUCGCAACGAGCACAACAUGCAUGUUUGGGAUGCCGCCAUCACCGGCUUUAACUGGCUCAGGAACAGGCUAAGGCAUUUGCCUGAGAGCCAGGAAGAAUUCGAUGAGUUCGUACUAGACACCAUGUCGCGCCUCAUCGAGCACGUCGGCUUCAACGUCCUCAGCACCGACACCCCCACGGACAUCAUGAACCGACAAGCCGCUCUGCACUUUGCUUGCUUGCUCGGGCAUGAGCGAUGUGUGGAGGAAUCCAGGGAACGUUUUGUUAGGUUAAAAGACCAUAAUGUUUGGGUGCAUGGAGGAAUCCGUCGUAACGUGUACGUAGUUGGUGUGCGAGAGGGAGACGAACAAGACUUCAACUUCAUGCUCUCUCGCUUCCGCUCGUCAAAUCUUGCCCAUGACCAGCUCGAGAUGCUGAGGGCUAUGGGUGCUGCUAAGAAUCCAGCAUUAUUAACUAGAUACUUGGAGCUGACGUUGACCGAUGAAGUGAGGUCUCACGACAAGGCAACUUCCUUCAGCUACGCUCUUCUAGGCAACAAGGAUAACGCACCCGUAAUACUAGAAUUUGUGAAGAACAACAUCGAUGCUAUGAGGAUCGCCUACGUAGAGGAUGCCCCACCCAACCCGGUACACACAUGCCUCUCCAACUUGGCUGCUUAUCUGGAAGAACCUGAGCUAGUUGAGUAUGAAGAAUGGCUGCGAUCCAGCCAAAUUGGAACUCUUCAAUACAACACCGCUUUAUCUGCAAUCACAUCAGCAAGGAACAACAUGGCGUGGGGUACCAACAAUGUCGACAACAUUCUAGGCGCCUGGAAGCACUGUGUGUACAGUCAGCUGCAGGGAGAGUUGCCCCCCCUGAAACCAAUUCCUAUGCAGGUAGACAUCAUGUCGGCCCUCAAACUGGUUAUCCUGCCAGCGCUCUUCGCGUUCGCCAUCGCGGAGCUGCCUAUUGACGUGCUCGAGCUUCAAGAAACCCUCUACAGGAAUGAUGACGUGGAUCCAACUAUUUACCGUAUUCCAGAGGAUUUUGACCCUGUGCAUUACGACGUGGAAAUUAUUCCUUACUUUGAAGAUGAAGGAGAUAAAGAAGCGUUUAGUUUUGAUGGAGAAAUGAGCCUGGAGCUUAGGCCAAUCCGAGAUGGACUGAAUUCCAUCACUCUGCAAGAAAAUGUACGGUCGAUUAUUUCAGUAGACCUCUUCGACAGUACCGGAUCCCCUGUAGAGUUGGACCAAGUACUCCCUUUUGAGAGAAUCAGGGAAUACCACUUCCUGAAGAUUAAUCUCAGAGAUAAUGCGACCUUGGUCAAUGGAGAUACCUAUGUUGUCAAAAUCGUUUACGUGGGUAAUAUUAACGAAACUCCUCUGUCUCGAGGCGUUUUUAGAGGCAGUUACACAGGCAGCGAUGGAAGACUUCACUGGUAUGCUGCUACUCACUUGCAGCCUGUGAACUCAAGGCAGGUGUUCCCAUCCUUCGACGAGCCUGGCUUCAAGUCUACUUUCCGGAUGGCGAUCACAAGGCCUAUGCACUUCGGUGAAACCUACUCCAACAUGAGGAUUGCUUCCACCGUGGUUCUCGGAAACCGUAUCAGAGAAGUGUUCCACGUAACUCCCAGAAUGCCAGCUUACCUAGUCUCCUUCCACGUGAGCGAAGAAUUCACCGUCCUGGCUGACAACAACGAUAGGGAAAGACCGUACCGAAUCCUCGGCAGACCAAACGCCGUCGGCCAAGGAGAGUAUGCGUUAGAAGUCGGACCGCCGAUAACUAAAUGGCUGGAAGAUUAUUUGGGAAUCGAGUACUAUGGAAUGGGAGAAGACAUGAAGAAUGACCAGAUUGCUGUACCUGACUGGGCUUCUGGUGCUACUGAAAAUUGGGGAUUCGUGAGUUACAGGGAGCUGCGUCUUUUGUAUGAAGAGGGUGAGACCAACGCUUUGGAUAAGAUGUAUAUUGGAACGAUCACAGCGCACGAGCUGGCUCACAAAUGGUUCGGCAACCUGGUCACCUGCAGGUGGUGGGACAACGUGUGGAUCAACGAAGGUUUCGCCAGUUACUUCGAGUAUUUUGCUAUGGAUGGUGUUGACCCGUCCAUGGAGCUCGCUGACCAGUUCCAAAUCAUGUACGUGCAGUCAGCCCUGGCUGCUGACGCUUCUGCUGCCACUCCUGCCCUGCAGCACACCGUUAACAGCCCCGCUGAAGUGACCGGCCACUUCUCUGGCAUCAGCUACUCUAAGGGUGCCACGUUCCUGUUGAUGCUGAAGUAUUUGUUCACUGAGGAGACUUUCAAGAAGGGAUUGAACUAUUACUUGGAAGAUCGGUCUUACGAACACGCCUUCCCCGAACACCUCUAUGAAGCCUUCACUCGCGCCGUUCAAGAAGAUAACACCAGCGUGAGCAGCGUGAACGUUGAGGAUUUCAUGAAGUAUUGGGUCAACGAGCCAGGAUACCCCGUGCUUGACGUUGAAGUCAAUACUAACACCGGCGUCAUCAGUUUAAGCCAGGAACGCUUCUUCGUCAGCGCCACAGCCACCCAAACCGAGCAAGUCUGGCCCCUGCCUUUGACGUGGACCACCGAAAGCAAUCCUGACUUCGAGAACUUACGACCCUCGCGCAUCAUGUCGGGCAAAACCGACACCGUCCAGAAAACAGCCGGGGUUGAAGAAUGGGUCAUAUUCAAUGUUCAGCAGAAAGCUGGGCUCUACAGAGUGAACUAUGACACGAACAACUGGCAGUUGCUGGCAGCCGCUUUGAAGGCUGAUAUCAACUCCAUCCACUAUCUGAAUAGAGCACAAAUUGUCGACGACGUGUUCAGUCUGAUGCGCUCCGAGCGCAUGACCUACGCUCUCGGCUUGCAAGUGCUGGACUUCUUGAAGGAAGAGACCAACUACUACGUGUGGUACCCGGCCAUCACUGGCUUUAGUUGGCUGAGGAACAGACUGUUGCAUCUGCCUGCUAUGAGGGAGACCUAUGACCAACUCAUGUACAUCUUCCUGGACUCCGUGAUCACCGACCUGGGCUACGAUGUGCUGGCCAACGAGUCCCUCACCAGAACCCUCAACCGGUUCUUCGUCUUAUCCUUUGCCUGCUCCAUUGGACACGAGGGCUGCGUCAGCAACGCUCAGGAGAAGUGGAACGCGUUCAGAAAUAACGGUGUCACCGUGAACCCGAACCUGCGUCGUCACGUGUUCUGCGAGGGUCUCCGCGCUGGUGACUACCAGGACUGGAACUUCCUGUACCAGCGACGUCUCAGCUCUAACAACCAGGGCGACAGUGUCGCCAUGCUGCGAGCUCUUGGGUGCACUAAGGACGAGACGGCUGUUAAAGAAAUGCUGGAGAAGAUCCUCACCGACGACGUCAAGGCCCAGGACCGAGUGAACGCCUUCACUUUCCUGUACAUGGGCAACCGAGAGAACGCCAAUAUCGCCCUGGAGUUCCUCAAGGAAAGGAUUGAUGACGUCAGAAGAGCAACGAUACUCCCGGCAUGGUUCAACACCAUACUUUCCAAUCUUGCUGGCUACUUGAAUGAAGAAGGCCUCAACGAGAUGGAAGAAUGGCUACACUCUCAAGAGGCAUCCAUCCCUGAAUACAGCGUAGGUAUCAGCUCCAUCGCCUCGGCCCGCGCCAGCAUGCAGUGGGGCAGUGACCGCGCCGACAACAUCAUAAGUGCCGUCAGGGGCUCCGCAGCCAUCGCUGUCCCCAGCUUCUUGUUGAUGGUCGCUUCUCUGUUAACUAUAUUGAGAAAUUCCAUGCUCCGUUGCUACUUAUCAUUCCUAGCUGUCCUAACUGUCACAGCAGUUAGCGAUACGAACUACAGACUCAACUCACCCGUCAAGCCUUCCUCAUACAUUAUAGCCAUCACCCCCUACUUCGAUACCAAUGAUGAAAGAGCCUUCACAUUUGACGCUGAAAUUAGCAUAAUGGUAUCAACAGACACCAAUACUAAACAAAUCAAACUACAUUCAGAAGAUCUUAUCUUUACUGCUAAUAACAUUACAGUUACUAGUGGACAAUUUGUUUUGCCAUUAGAUGAAGCUAACCCUUUAGAGUUUGAUACUAACUACACUUUUGCAUAUAUAAACAUGCAAAAUGAGCUGCAAGCGGCAGUAGAUUACAAGCUGAAGAUUGUAUACACGGGGCCAAUAAGAACAGAUCUGAAUGGGUUUUACAGAAACUAUUACAUCGAAAAUGGAGUUAAAAAAUGGCUGGGAGCAACACAAAUGGAGCCUACACACGCAAGGAAGGUGUUCCCUUGUUUCGACGAGCCGGAAUAUAAAGCCAUCUUCACACUAGUGAUCGACCGGCCUGAUUCUUACAAGCCUUCGGUGGCUAACACACAUUUGGCAGAUACGGUUCCGUUAGCCAACGGUUACACAAGAGAAAUCUUCCACCCAUCACCAAAAAUGUCCUCCUACUUAGUAGCAUUCAUGGUAUCAGAAUUCGAGGGGAGAUUAACAAAUGACACACAAUUUGGUGUCUACGUGAGACCAGAAGCCAUGAACCAAACUGACUACGCCUUUGACUUCGGCCUGAGAGUAGUCAAAGCUUUGAGUGACUACUUCGGCAUUGACUACUAUUCUACGAACGCUUAUUUGAAGUUGGACCAUGUGGGUUUGCCGGAUUUCAGAGCUGGCGCUAUGGAGAACUGGGGGUUGGUUAAGUACCGCGAAUCCCUCCUCUUAUACGUGCCUGAAGAAUCAACACCGUACUUCAAAUACCGAGUGGCACAGAUCAUGGCUCACGAAACCACACACAUGUGGUUCGGGGACCUGGUCACCUGCCACUGGUGGAGCAACACUUGGCUCAACGAGGGCUUCGCCGAUUACUUCCAGCAUUACAUCACUGCCCUUAUUGAACCAGACGUAGGAUCAGCCGACCAGCUGGUCACAGGCUCAGUCUACGACGGCUACACCGCCGACGAAUCCCCGACCUCCCCCGCCAUCACCAACAACAACGUCAACUCGCCCGCGGAGAUCAGCCUCCAUUUUGGAAAGAUAACCUAUCAGAAGGCGGGCUCUAUCAUUAGGAUGGUGCACCAUUUAGUUGGGGAUGAUGUGUUUAAAUUGGGGCUGCAGAGUUAUUUAAAGGCUAAUCAAUUUGAGGUUGGCUACCCUGAGAACCUUUACUCCGCUCUACAUCAAGAAGUCAGCAACGCUAGCGCUUUUACGGAUUACUCUGGAUUUAACAUUGUGGAUGUAAUGGGACAAUGGAUAGCAAAGGCUGGUCACCCUAUCUUGACUGUCAACAUUGACUAUGAAAAUGAAACAGCAACGUUAACUCAGAAACGUUUCUACAUAGACUCAUCCCACCAAUCGAACGAAACCUACCCCAUCCCCAUAACAUACACCACAGAACUUGUGAAGGAUUUCACCAACACCAAACCCGCUUUCAUUAUGAAUGAGGAAACGCAGGAUUUAAAUCUGACCGGAAUUAGUGAAUCCCAUCCUUGGGUCAUCUUCAAUGUGCAAGAAACUGGUUUUUAUAGAGUCAAUUACGAUGAACAUUCGUGGCAACUGAUUGCAAAUGCUUUAAAAGGAAACGAAAGAGAACAGAUUCAUCAUCUUAAUCGAGCAAAGAUCGUGAAUGAUUUAUUCGCCUUUGUGUACGCCGACGAAGUGAAGUUUGAACGGCUGUUCCAUGUAUUGGAGUUUUUGUUUGAUGAAACCGACUAUUCAGUUUGGUAUGCUGCUAUACGAGGCUUGAACAAAUUGAGAACAUCUUACUUGGGUUCAGAUGCUCAAGCAGAUAUCGAGAAAUAUGCGCUCAAACUACUAGACGGGAUCAUCAACAAGCUGGGUUAUGACGUCAUAACCACAGACAGUUUCGUCACUCUUAGGAACCGCAUGCAAGUCUUAGAAUUCGCAUGCAAGUUAGGCCACCAAGGUUGCAUCGAUAAGACUGUGGAACUCUUUGAGAAUUUCAAGGAAAAUGGCGUUGAAGUUCCGCCCAGCUUGCGACCAGUGACGUACUGCAACGGCCUCCGUCACGGCGACGGCGACGACUACGAUUUCCUGUACCAACGUAUGAAGACCACGAACGUUGCUAAUGAGGCCUGGGUCAUUGGAGACGCUCUAGGAUGCUCCAAUGAUGAGAAUAAGCUGAGGAGCUAUCUAGUGUCCAUGUUGGAAGAAAACAGUCCGAUCAGAACGCAGGACAUAACAAUGCCGUUGGUCAGCAUUUUAAGCAACUACGAACAUGUCCACGUUGUUCUAGAUGAGUUAAAACAGAACUAUACGCUUUGGACUACCAUAUAUCCUUCAAUGGACACCAUUCUUGCAACAGUUCCUUCCGCCCUCCAUACAGAAGCAGAAUUUAAAGAGUUUGAAUCCUGGCUGUCUAGCUGCCAAUGCGGCGCCCAGGCGCUGACCGGCGCUAAAACCGCCCUAGACCAGGCCAGGGCAACCACAAAAUGGGCCGACAACCACAAGCAAGACAUCUUGGGCAGUUUGAGAAACCACGCGCUGAUGGCUACCCCAUCCUUGUACGUUACUGUUUUUAGUAUUGCGAUGGCUAUGAUUUGUAGAUAUUAA